GCCUGGCGCGGGGCGUAUUCCCGAAGUCGUUGCGGCGUCCCACUGGGUCGGGACCUUAGGAGCCUUGGAAGAUUGAAACAUUGACUUUGUACUUCCGAAAGUCAACAAAAACAAUAGCUGAAAAUAUCUCUAUCAUUUCACGGUCAACUCUGCCAUAUCAACGUGGUAAUGACCUAAAAGUCUGACGACAGUACUCUCACCGGUCACCGGUCUCAUCUCACAACUUCAAAAUAGCCAUUCUUGAUAUCCAGUACCGGAUUAUUCCGGUGAAUAUAAUAUAUCAUGCGCUUCUCAAAAGCUCUCCAGUCGUCAUCUCACUCUUACCCAAGUCCAAAUGGUGAACUGAUUGCGAUCCUUCUACCGCCUAACAUUGUUAUACGGGCCAUUGCAUCUCUGGAUGUGCUCCGAAAUAUAAAACUUCCACUGGAUCUCACGACCAGUGUGACGACCUUUCUCUGGUCACCUUCCUCUACGAGGGUUCUAGUCGCUACCAUAGAUCAGAUACAUGUCUUCUCGGCCAGAAGCGGCAAUUUCCAUGGCGUUGUCAGGAUUCCGCCGUCGGCCGGCAGGUCUACCUAUAUCAACUUUGGGGCUACUGACGAUGAGGUAUGCAUCUGGUCGCCUUUCGGUAUUAAGUUAACGCUCGUCAAUUUUACAAGUUCAAAGGCCGUAGAGAUUGCAAGCCCCAAAUUCUACAGUGCCGUCUCUGCGACUAAAGGAUGCUCCUUUCGGCCAGAGACAAAUCAUCUUGCCUUGCUGACGAGGUCUUCUGGGAAGGACAUGAUUAGCAUCCAUUCUCCUGGUACGAGAGAGCUUCAGCGAUCCUGGUACCCGGACACCAUCGAUGCUCAAGGACUAGUUUGGACCCCAGAUGGGAGAUGGUUGGUGGUGUGUGAAUCAUCAGCUCAAUCCCCCAGGGUCAUUUUUUAUACUUCUGACGGUCAUAUUUUCAAGGAUUGGAACGGCCCCCUCUUACAUGCAUCUGAGGACAUGGGUCUACUUGGUACUGGCGUGAAAGCAUUCACGCUCAGCCCAGAUGGUCGACUCGUCGCAAUUGCAAACGGGUCUACCUGCAUAUGUAUCCUAAAUACGCCAUCCAUGGUUGAAACGAUGCGGCUCCAUCACCCACAUGUUAUCCAGCCCAAGGAUACAUUGCAAAUCUGGCAAGAACAAAACACUCUUCCAAAUACUGGAUCGGUUUCCGUGCCAGGAUUCGUCAAAGCAUCUCAGGCGGUGACACCACAAUGGACAGCCCUGAAUAGCCUCCAGGAACCCGUGUCUGGUUGUAAUUUUGCCAAAUUCGACUGUUCUUCGUCUCUUUUAGCCACGAGGCUAGAGGACGCACCAGGUACGAUCUGGAUCUGGGAUCUCCCUAGUUCUGAUCUUAGGGCUGUGCUCAUGUACCACGCGAAUGUGACAAAAUUAGAAUGGCACCCCGUACUUCCAGAGCUUCUCCUCAUGAGGUGCGAAGGUGACAGCUAUGGCAGUCUUAUGUUUGCCUGGGACCCUCUAAGCCAUGGUCCGCGACCUAUCGACAUGGCGCAUCAAUUUCCAGAAGCGUUAAGUGGUAAGACAUACGCCACAUGGAUGCGGGCGAGAACCGAAUCUGCAGCACUAUUCUUCAGCAACGAAACUACCUGCAUGCUUGUUUCACUUGCAGAUUCCGAUGGAGAGACGCUCCCCUGGCACGAUUCUAUGCCUGGUAGCCCCAUCAGUCACGGGAGCGAUAUAAACAUGCAGUCAUCGCCAAGGCUCGCAUAUGAACCAGAUGAUGCUGAGGACAGCAUGAAUAUUGACCUGGAUGAUGAUGACUAUGCGAGCGAACUGGAUGACACAUUCCAGUUCAUCAGCCGCUAAGCUAGGUCCUCGUGCAAGGGUUCUGUCAUAUCUCAAGUGAAUGGGAUAUGAAAUUAGGCACCCAGUACUGUGGAAUAAUAACCAUUAGCUUAGUCCCGGAAGGCAAAUUCGACCCUCCCGGAUGCAAGAAUUGCCUUUUGGUGACUUCAGGAUCGCAGGGUAUACUCGGAUCUCAUACUGUUU